AUGUCCAACUGUCUGCUCAACUACACAACCUCUCCACUUAUUAAAGGGACCACACAACCCUUCAACUACACAACCUCUCCACUUAUUAAAGGGACCGCGCAGCCCUUCAACUAUACAACCUCUCCACUUAUUAAAGGGACCGCGCAGCCCUUCAACUGCACAACCUCUCCACUUAUUAAAGGGACCGCGCAGCCCUUCAACUGCACAACCUCUCCACUUAUUAAAGGGACCGCGCAGCCCUUCAACUGCACAACCUCUCCACUUAUUAAAGGGACCGCGCAGCCCUUCAACUGCACAACCUCUCCACUUAUUAAAGGGACCGCGCAGCCCUUCAACUGCACAACCUCUCCACUUAUUAAAGGGACCGCGCAGCCCUUCAACUGCACAACCUCUCCACUUAUUAAAGGGACCGCGCAGCCCUUCAACUGCACAACCUCUCCACUUAUUAAAGGGACCGCGCAGCCCUUCAACUACACAACCUCUCCACUUAUUAAAGGGACCGCGCAGCCCUUCAACUACACAACCUCUCCACUUAUUAAAGGGACCGCGCAGCCCUUCAACUGCACAACCUCUCCACUUAUUAAAGGGACCGCGCAGCCCUUCAACUGCACAACCUCUCCACUUAUUAAAGGGACCGCGCAGCCCUUAAACUACACAACCUCUCCACUUAUUAAAGGGACCGCGCAGCCCUUCAACUACACAACCUCUCCACUUAUUAAAGGGACCGCGCAGCCCUUCAACUACACAACCUCUCCACUUAUUAAAGGGACCGCGCAGCCCUUCAACUACACAACCUCUCCACUUAUUAAAGGGAUCGCGCAGCCCUUCAACUACACAACCUCUCCACUUAUUAAAAAAGGGGGGGUGGCGGGGUACUGCCUUUCUUGUUUACUAAUAUCCAUAAAGGGAAAAACACUCAUUGUGAAAUACUAUAAAGUGUUAAUAGACUAA